CUUGGUCAUUAGUUCACUAGUGCAUACAGCUGUUGGCAAGCAUUGUCGAGUACCCCGACUUCUGUGGUUUCUGGCAGAGAGAGGAUCGCGAAGUAUUUAUAGUACGCAAAUAUUACGAUUUACGAGUAAAAUCUGUGUAGUUUCAAGUGCGGAACUAAGAAUGUUUCUAAGAAUAAGUUGUAAGCUUCAACCAAUCAACACUAGUUACCAAAAUACAACCCUUCGGUUACUUUCAUCCCAAGUGCAAACUAAUAGUAUUGAUAUAACUUCGAAAGGAUUUGAAACCGAUUACAAGAAUGCACUACCUUACUCUAAAAUACCUGGACCAUCAGCAUUCACGUUUUUGAGAAGUGUUUUGCCCGGAGGAAAAUAUUGUGGCAAGAAUAUAGAUGAGGUUAGCAAAGAAUUCCGGCGGGAGUAUGGAGACCUCUACAAAUUCCCUUCUAUAUUUGGUAGUCAGGGGUUCGUUGCAACCAACAAACCUGAAGAUUUCCAAACAAUUUUCCGAACUGAAGGACAUUGGCCCGAUCGAACAGAGUUGAAGACUAUAGUAUAUUACAGAACCAAAAUUCGUCCUGACAUAUUCGGAAAAUAUUCAGGAUUAGCAAAUAGUCAAGGUAAAGAGUGGGGCGACUUUCGGUCAGCUGUCAAUCCUGCGAUGAUGCAUCCCAAAAAUACUAAAAUUUACAUCCCGAAGGUGGAUGAGGUUGCAACUGAUUUUGUGAACAGAAUACACCAAAUUCGUGACCCAAAGACGAAGGAAGCUCCAGAAAACUUCUCAAAUGACCUCAACAGAUGGGCUCUUGAAGCAGUGUCAGUGAUUGCUAUGGAUACACGUCUUGGAUUACUUCACGAUAAACAUGAUAAAAGAAGCGCUAAAUUAAUUCAAGGAGCAAAGGAUGCAUUCAAACUGAGUUUCGACCUGGAAUUCAAACCAUCGUUGUGGAAGUUCUUCAGUACCCCGCAGUUCAAAAAAUUGAUAGAAGCUCUUGAUGCCGUAACGGAUGUUAGUUGUGAAAUUAUUGACGAAGCCCAAGAACAGCUGAAGAAUAAGCCAAGAGGUUCACCUAGUGACGAAGAAAGCGUACUAGAAAAGCUACUUCAAAUUGAUCCGCUCAUCGCAAAAGUUAUGGCCAUCGAUAUGCUUUUUGGUGGAAUGGAUACGACCUCUUCAACAGCCACCAGUCUUCUGUACUUUCUAGCUAAGAAUCCCGAGAAGCAAGAAAUUCUUCGUAAGGAAAUUAUGACAAUACUUCCCUCCAAGGACUCGUUAUUGACCGUUGAAAACAUGAAGAACGUCCCCUAUUUACGAGCAUGUCUGAAGGAAAGUCUAAGAAUGUUUCCUACCGUAGGGGUAAAUGUUCGCAGAGCAGGGCAGAACCUAGUACUUCAAGGAUACCAAAUUCCAAAAGGAACGAUGAUAACAAUGGGGACAAAUAUGCUACAAAAUGAGGAUAAAUAUUAUCCGAAUGCAGAUAAAUUUGAACCAGAGCGAUGGCUGAAGAAGGAUGGCCUACCCGCUCCUGCCAAAUCUGCACAUCCUUUUAUUUUCUUACCAUUUGGAUUUGGACCUCGCAUGUGUGCUGGAAAGCGCUUUGCUGAAAUGGAAAUAGAAACACUCAUAGCCCGAAUCAUACGGAAUUUCCAGGUUGAGUGGCAUCAUCCAGAUUUAAAAUUUGUUUUUACAUCUGUCUACGUACCCGCUGACAAACUAUUAUUUACUUUCAAAGAUAUUUAGAAAUAAAGAAUGAAGCUUCUUCAAUUGUGAAA